AUGCACACGGCUUUUCGCCAGAGAGUGUGCCAAGAGUACCCACGUGAUUCACAUGCUGACAUCCGGCUGUUAUCUCCGGAAUUGCUACAAGGGAUGGCCCCUGCGCUUGUUGUGCCCACUGUGCAGGCCCAGGGACUGGUCCAUGAACUAGGACCUCUGGAUGACAUUCAGCAUGCCAUCAGAGAUCAUCAUAUUCUGCUGGCUGCUCAUGGUCCCUACACUGCUGCUGGCGUGGAAGGUGUUCUGGCAAUUCCUGUGACCUGCAUUUCUCAAGACUUCUCUAGUUUCCAUGGUUUGGUGAAAGCUGUGGAAACGGCAAUCUCAGCUGGGUGA